ACUUAUGUGACCGACCGACCGACUUCCAGCUUGUGCGGGAUUGCGCGAUGUACAUUGCAACUCCUGUUUUAUUUUCAAAAAGUUGUUGCUCAGGGAAAAGCUAGCCUAGAACUAGGCUACUUUGGAGCGAGAAGAGAAGCAUUAUUGGACACACCUCACUGAAGUUAUAGAGGAAGGUACGGAGCCCACUAGCACUUAAAGCCGUCUUACAUUCUUGGAAGCCUGUAUUAGCUACAAUGACUGCUCCCAACAAGACCAACAAAAAUGAUGUUCCACCAGAGGGCACACAAAAGAAUAGCACUAACGAGAAACCAUUUGUUUGUGACAUUUGUGGCAAAGGCUUCUCGCGUAAUGACACCUUACGACGUCAUCGGAGGAUCCACACGAGGGAAAAAACAUUUGUUUGUGACAUUUGUGGAAAAAGCUUCUCGCGUAAUAGCACCCUACAAAUACAUCAGAUGGUCCACACUAACAAGAAACCAUUUGUUUGUGACAUUUGUGGUAAAGGCUUCUCGCAUAACAGCACCCUUCACAUACAUCAGUUGGUACACACUAAUGAGAAACCAUUUGUGUGUGACAUUUGUGGCAAAGGCUUUGCUCAAAGUGCUGACCUAAGAAACCAUAAAGUUGUCCACACUGAAGAGAAACCAUUUGUUUGUGACAUUUGUGGCAAAGGCUUCCCACGUAACAGCGCCCUACAAAGACAUCAGAGGAUCCACACUAUAAUAGAGAAACCAUUUUUUUGUGAUAUCUGUGGCAAAGGCUUCUGGAAUAAAGACGCCCUACCAAGACACCGGUGGAUCCACAGUAGCGAGAAACCAUUUGUUUGUGACAUUUGUGGCAAAGGCUUCGUUCAAAGUAGCGACCUAAGAAAACAUACAGUUAUCCACACUGCAGAGAAACCAUUUGUUUGUGACAUUUGUGGCAAAGGCUUCCCAUGGUACAGCACCCUACAAAUACAUAAGAGGGUCCACACUAACGAGAAACCAUUUGUUUGUGACAUUUGUGGCAAAGGCUUCAAUCAAAGUGGCCACUUAAGAAGACAUAUGGUUGUGCACUCUGGAGAGAAACCUUUUGUUUGUGACAAUUGUGGCAAAAGUUUCGCUGAGAGUGGCUACCUUAGAAAACAUAUGAUUGUCCACACUGGAGAGAAACCAUUUGUUUGUGACAUUUGUGGUAAAGGCUUCUCGCGUAAUGACUCCCUACAAAGUCAUCGGAGGAUCCACACGAGGGAAAAAACAUCUAUUUGUGGCAAAGGCUUCGCUGAGAGUGGUGAGCUAAGAAAACAUAUGAUUGUCCACACUGACGAGAAACCAUUUGUUUGUGACAUUUGUGGCAAAGGCUUCUCGCGUAAUAGCACCCUACAAAUACAUCAGAGGGUCCACACUAACGAGAAACCAUUUGUUUGUGACAUAUGUGGCAAAGGCUUCUCGCGUAACAGCACCCUUCACAUACAUCAGUUUGUACACACUAACAAGAAACCAUUUGUGUGUGACAUUUGCGGCAAAGGCUUUGCUCAAAGUGCUGACCUAAGAAACCAUCAAGUUGUCCACACUGAAGAGAAACCAUUUGUUUGUGACAUUUGUGGCAAAGGCUUCCCACGUAACGGUGCCCUACAAAGACAUCAGAGGAUCCACACUAUAAAAGAGAAACCAUUUUUUUGUGAUAUUUGUGGCAAAGGCUUCUGGAAUAAAGACGCCCUACCAAGACAUCGGUGGAUUCACAGUAACGAGAAACCAUUUGUUUGUGACAUUUGUGGCAAAGGCUUCGUUCAAAGUUGCUACCUAAGAAAACAUACAGUUAUCCACACUGCAGAGAAAUUAUUUGUUUGUGACAUUUGUGGCAAAGGCUUCCCAUUGAACGGCACCCUACAAAUACAUCAGAGGGUCCACACUAACGAGAAACCAUUUGUUUGUGACAUUUGUGGCAAAGGCUUUUCCUGUAACAGCUCCCAACAAAGACAUCGAAGGCUCCACACAAACAAGAAACCAUUUCUUUGUGAAAUUUGUGGCAAAGUCUUUGCUCAAAGUGGUGACCUAAGAAAGCAUACGGUUGUCCACACUAAAGAAAAACCAUUUGUUUGUGACAUUUGUGGAAAAGGCUUCACACGUAACAGCACCUUACAGAUACAUCAGAGGGUCCACACCAACGAGAAAUCAUUUCUUUGUAACGUGGCAAAGGCUUCGCUAAGAGGGGUGAACUAAAGAAACAUACGGUUGUACACACUAAAGAGAAAUGGUUAAAGGCAUCCUACCAAGACAUUGGAGGAUCCACAGUUAUGAGAAACCAUUUGUUUGUGACAUUUGUGGCAAAGGCUUCUCGCUUAAAGGCAUUCUACAAAAUCAUCGGAUGAUCCAUAUGAAGGAGAAACCAUUUGUGACAUUUGCUGUGAAGGCUUCUCGUGUAAAAUCACCCUAUAAAUACAUCAGGAGGUACACACUAACUAGAAACCAUUUGUCGGUGACACUUCUGGCAAGGGCGUCGCCCAAAGUGGCGACCUAAGAAAACAUACAUGUACAGUUGUCCACACUAACGAGACACCCCUUUGUUGGUGACAUUUGUGGCAAAAACUUUUCACAGAAAUGUUAACUUCAACAAAAUCGGAAGGUCCACACCAACCAGAAACCAUUUGUUUGUGACAUUUGUGGCUAAUGCUUCUCACAGAGAAGUAAAACUCAACAGCAUCAGAGAGGUCACGCUAAAGACAAAACAUUCGUUUGUGACAUUUGCGGUAAAGCCUUUGUGCAAAACAGCAUCCUACAAAGACAUCAACUGAUUCACACUAAUGAAAAACCACUUACUUGUGACAUUUUUGGCAAAAGGUUUUCACAGGGAAGUAGUCUUUAUUAUCAUCAGAGGGUUCACACUAUUGAGAUACUGUUGUUACAUUUGUGGAACAGGCUUCUCACAGACAUGUUAUUCAACAACAUACGAUGGUCCAAACUACAUGUAUUUUUAAUAUGAGGAACCAUUGUUCACUGUUUCUUUGUGACAUUUGUUAUUAUUCAUCGGCAUAAUGAAACAAGGGAAUCAUU